GUAGUAGGGCACAGGUGGGGGAACUGGUGGGUUUCUGAAGGAUAUAGGUGUUUAUGAAAGAGUGUAGGCUGGGGUUUUGUUUGUUUGUUUUUUCUUUUGAUUUGGUUUUGUAUUGCUUUUUGGAUACAGAUUGUAAGCUCACUGACCCGUACUCCGGAACAGUAGGUGGCGGUAAUGCUCCUUACCGCCUCCUACCUUGGUUGCCAACCGCCAUUAAACACAAAGUACCACUCUCUGCCACUUGACAGAGAGCCGGUGAACACCGGGCGGCUACAUUCUUGGUCGCCAUUGCUUGGUGUUAAUACGGCUAUAGCUAAUAUAGCAAUAGAGAGUGAUCAGCUGCAGUCUGCUCAGCAGUGAGAAAUGAAGACAUCAGUUAUGGACGAAUCAUCAAAGAGAAGAGAAACAGACUAUAGAAGCUGCAAACCAUGAACAUUCACUCUGUAUGAGCUCCUCCAUUCUGACUAACAGGAAGAAAUCCUGGGAUCGUAUGAAUGCUUGUUUGAAGGGUUCAUGGAUAUUUUCUUUUCUGUCGGUCACUAAAUCACAGUUUCACAACUCCUACCAUAAACCACCGGAAGUCUAUGCAUGUUCAUUAGUUUGAUCUGGAAACAAGAAGUGUAGUUAUGACUGAGUAAGACAGGUGGUCAUUUCACUGAGGUGCGGCAUGAAGGCAGGAGCUGUGCUGAGCGUGCUCUGUCUCGUCUUUCCGGCAUGUUACACAACAUGCCAAGAGGUCAAAGUGAGGCCGGGACAAAAUGCCACACUUGAGUGUCGUGGCUCCAGCGAUUUAAUGAUCUCAGUGGUACAGUGGCGCAAACCUGAUCUCAAACCAGACAGUUAUGUGUUCUUCUACCGAAAACCACACUCGUAUGAGAACUACCAGCACGAGUCCUUUAAAGGCCGAGUGGAUCUGAGAGAGCCGUCCAUGAAGGACGGAGACGCUUCUGUGAUUCUGAGGAACGUCAGCAUCAGCGAUACAGGAACAUACGAGUGUGAGAUUAUAACCAGCAACACAAGAAGUGGUGAGAGAGACGUCAAAGAGUUCAAGCACUCCAUCAACCUCACAGUCACAGACGCAGAUGGAGGGGAUGAGGCUGCAGGAGACAAGGAGGGAGGAGGCAAGGUUGAAGUUAGAGCUGCUGUCUCUGUUUCUGCUGGGCUGCUUAUUAGUAUUAUUAUUGUUACAGCUAUUGUUGCUUUAAUUAACUACAGGAGACACAAGUCAUGCUGGAUUUCAUCCUCCUGAUUUGUGUUAGCUAACCCUGAUAGCGAAUGCUUUAGAUCUUGUUGUAGGUUCUUCUGUUCAUGGCUGUUUUCUGACUCUUUAGCCUCGCUCAGAUAAAGCUUAAUUUCCAGUUAGCUCGCAGAAAAUAACUCUGAAGCUGCAACAAGGGUUGUCGUCCACAGUCAGU